CGCAACAAAAAUAUGAUAAUUACACACCAACUGCUUCUCCCAAAUGGCUUCAACAAUCUCCUGCAGAGCCAAAGCCAUACGCGCCUUCACUUCCCCCACCACAAUACGACGUCGUCUGCCCCUGGUGGGAGCAUUCUGCGUGCUUAGCUUGGGCAUCUCCAACCUCUUUCCUGCUCUUUCCUUCUCCGCGUUCAAAACGGGCUCUGCUCAGUCUCUCGCUCCUCUCUUGAGAUCAAAGUUUGGUUGCCAAGCAGCAGCUGUUCACUCUGGGAAAAUGGAAGGGAGUAGCACCACUGUACCAAGUAUUGUUGUUUAUGUGACUGUGCCCAACAAAGAAGCAGGAAAGAAGUUAGCUGAAAGCUUGGUCAGAGAAAAACUUGCAGCAUGUGUUAACCUAGUACCAGGCAUUGAGUCCGUCUAUUGGUGGAAUGGAGAGGUCCAGACAGAUUCCGAGGAACUUCUUAUAAUCAAGACUAGGCAAUCCCUUUUUGAAGCUCUGACAGAGCAUGUGAAGGCAAACCAUCCAUAUGAUGUUCCGGAAGUUAUUGCGCUACCUAUCAAGGCAGGCAGUCUCCAGUACCUAGAAUGGGUCAAAAACAGCACAAGGGACUGACUUAAAGCUUAUUAUUAGGGUUCAAGUACAUAGAACCAUUUGACUGGUUCUUGAAGUGGUCAAGCAGAUGGUUUAUGUGUUUGUCUGUGUGCAAGUCUGUGUGUGUAUAUGCGCAUCUCAAAUAAAGCGAGCUGCAUGCCAGCUUCUUAGUGUUACAGUUGUAAUGGGGAAUAAUCGCCUUUGGGUUUUCUGUUGGUUACUUUCUAAGAUAAUGUGCGGACUUAUUUUAGUAAAAGCAUACUAGUUGAAUAUGCCCCUCUAUGGCAUUCUGCUUCCUCA